AUGCAGUGUAUAUUAGACAUAAAAAAUAAUGACAAUGACAAGAACAUGAUGAAAUGGGUAAGUAACCUUCCACAGGAGUCCAUCGUGGAUAUAAAUGGGAAAUUAAUAAAACCGGAAAUACCAAUCGAUAGUACCAAUAUAAAGUAUGAAGUACACAUAAAGAAAAUAUUUUGCAUAAGCAAAACGACAAAGGAGUUGCCCUUUUUGUUAAAGGAUGCAAAUAUGAAAGAAACACAUGAGGAAGGUAGUAUUAAGGUCAAUCAGGACAAUCGAUUAAACAACAGAUGUAUAGACUUGAGGACCUAUGCCAAUUACAGCAUUUUCUGUCUACAGUCACAAAUCUGCACCCUUUUUAAGAAUUUUUUACUACAAAAUAAUUUCAUCGAAAUACAUACCCCCAAAUUGUUAGGAGAAAGCAGUGAAGGAGGAGCUAAUGCUUUUCAGAUUAACUACUUCAACCAAAAGGGAUUCCUAGCACAGUCUCCCCAACUGUACAAGCAAAUGUGUAUUAACUCCGGAUUUGACAGAGUAUUCGAGGUAGCCCCAGUUUUUCGAGCAGAAAAUAGUAACACAUAUAGACACCUCUGUGAGUAUGUAUCCUUAGACAUAGAAAUGACAUACAAGUAUGACUUUAUGGAAAAUGUCCAUUUCUACGACUCACUUUUUAAACACAUUUUCACAGAGUUAACAAAAGGGGAGAACAGUAAAAUGCUUAUUAAAACUGUAAAGGGGCAAUACCCAUGUGAUGAUUUUCAAUGGCUAGAUGUAACCCCAAUUUUUACAUACGAAGAAGCCAUAAAAAUGCUAAUACAACAUGAUAAGCUGCAAUUAAAAGAGGAGGAGAUUCUAUCCUAUGAUAUGUCAACUGAUAUGGAAAAGGAAUUAGGAAAAAUUGUGAAGGCUUCUCAUCAUACGGAUUAUUAUAUUAUCAUAAAUUUCCCUUCAGAGUUGAGACCUUUUUAUACUAUGUAUAAGGAAGAGGAUCCAGGUAUUUCCAAUUCGUAUGAUUUUUUUAUGAGGGGAGAGGAGAUUUUAUCUGGUUCUCAACGGAUUAGUGAUGUGAAUUUGUUGGUGGAGAAUAUAAAGCGGUUUAAUUUGGAUGCGAGCAAACUUAAUUUUUAUAUCGAUUCGUUUGCUUACUCGUCGUAUCCCCACUCCGGCUGCGGCAUUGGCCUUGAGCGC